UCUGUCACCCGGAUGGCUACUUUGGGCUCCUUCUCUGCAUCUCCUCACUCAUUUCUGCUGCUGCUCCUUCUCCUGCAAAUGCUUGGUGCCAAAGGGAAAGAUUUGGAAGUUCUCCAGCCCCCAGGACCCUUGUCUGUGUCAGCGGGAGAGAACCUCAUUCUGACGUGUACAGUAAACAGAUCUGGUCCACCAGGAGGCGUGAAAUGGCACAAGGGGUUGGACAGAAGGCAGACCCCCAUUUACAGUGGAAGAGGACAAUCUCCCCACCGUGUGACCAGGGUUGAUCCUCGAUCACCAAGAGACUUCAGCAUCCUCAUCAGGAACAUCCGACCUGAGGAUGCCGGAACCUAUUACUGUGUGAAGUACAGGGCUGGAGCCCAUGGCAUAGAAUUUAAAUCAGGAGGGGGCACUGAGGUUUCUGUGAUUGUGCCGCGGCUUCCCUCCUUCUCACCUGUCCUCAGCGGCAGCAGCGUUGCUGCCUGCGCCCAUAGAGUCCUCGCUCCCACUCGGCAGCCGCCCCCAAUACAUUCCAGAGAGAGCAGGCGAGGCGGACGGGACCCUCCAUCCAACACCGACCAACCAACCGGCCAGAGCAGAUCGUCCCGUCCUGCUCCGCCACCGCCACCAACCAACAACACACGACUCUCAAGCACUGACAAACUGAGGGAGGGAGCCGAAUGCCUUGUGUCUCUGCGCUCCAAGUCCCAACUGCUGCCCACAUUCUUACAUUCCUCCCCGCACCCAGGCAGCCAUUUUGUGACUGGCGCCCGCCCGACAGCACACUCUCAGAAUUCCAAAUAUGCCCACUGGACCAGAAAAGGAUUUCCCUUGGGAUCGGUGGCGGGUCCUAUCCUGCAAGGGUCACCAGGUGAUGUGUCGAUGCUUCCUCCCGCAGCCCUGCCAUCCCAGCCAUCUAUCAAGGGUCCCACGAGCAGAGUCUUAUCUGGGACCUCGGCGACUUUCAGCUGCACCUCGGAUGGGUUCUCCCCCCGAGUCAUCAAAGUCACUUGGCUGAAAGACAACACCCGGAUCACGUCCCCACAGCCCACCAUCCUGCCAGAAGGAGACAGCAUCUCCUACCAAAUGCUGAGCACCGUGCAGGUGCCACUUGCAAGAGACGAUGUGAAGGCUCAGCUCAUCUGCCAGAUUGAACACAAGACCUUGCCGAGUCCCCUGCGGAAGGUUUUCAAACUUGAAGAUAUCCUACGAGUUCCACCCAAAAUGAAACUGGAAGUCAGCCCCGUCCUGCUGAACGAAUUGGUGACCUUCAGCUGCAGCGCAGAAGGAUUUUACCCAGAAGACACAACCUUGGCCUUGACUCUGAACAGCAGCCUAAGUGAAACAGGAACGGCUGAGCCCAUGGCCCAGAAUGGGGAUGGGACAUUCACCCUCAGGAGCUCCCUGAAGCUGAAUGCCACGGAAGACAGGAACCAGUCUGCAUUUACUUGCCUGGUUACGCAAAACUCUCAGCCUGUAGCGACUGAAACGUUCGUGCUGAACAUCAGGGUGCCGACUGAAGGAAGUGAAAGCGUCAGUAUGGAGCCAGGUCAUUCUCUGCUGUCCCCCUUCGGUCUCUGUAUCGGUCUUAUUCUGGCCAGCAAACUCCUUGUUGUUGCUCCUUUCCUCUUAUACCUCUUCCUCAAAAAAGAACAUGGCAAGAAGAACCUGAGAAACACACCUGUGAGCACCUAGGGACAGGAGCCGGUGGACAGACCUGCCUAGAGCUUGUCACUAGGCACUAAGCAGCUGGGGUACCUAGGAGAUCGUCUCACCGCUUAUAUCCCUUAUAUCCAUAGCUGCCAAGUUAUCCCUUUUUUUAAGGGAUUUUCCCUUAUGCUGAAUAGGCUUCCUCGCGAGAAAAGGGAAAACUUGGCAGCUAUGCUUAUAUCCCAGUCUGUCAUUUUCCUCUGCCAGAGAGGAUUCCUGCAGAUCCCAUCUCAUGAGGUCCAUUUUGUACAACAUGGGAACAGUGACAUCUUCCUUUUGAAACUCCCUCCCUAGUGCCUUUCCCAAUCCUGUUGAAUGCAUUCUUUUUUCAACAAGCCUUUUCCCUGGAGAGUUUUAUCCUGCUCUGUAUGUCGAUUGUAUUAGAAAUUGUUUUCAAGUAUGUGUAACGGUCACUCUCAAUCAGGCAUGGUAUAGAAGGAGUUAACAAGGGAUGUCACCUAGGGGAGCGGAGUCAGGAGGCCUAUAAAAGCCCACCCCUGAGAGGAGUUGAGGAAGAGGAGGGCUGUUGGUUGUUUGAGUGGAGAGCUGGGAGUUAGAGCUGGGUUGGAGUGGC